GGAGGAGGGCGAAGGUGUAUCGGCUUUGCCCCUGCUUUGGUUGUUUUGGGAUCUGGGCAGAUCGUCGACGACCGAAGUGGUAUGGCGGCCAUUUCUGACUUGGAUUCCGAGGACACGGACUGCGUUGGUGACUGGGUCAAAAACCGCACAUUUUUUCAGUUUGUGCCAAAAUUGCUUUCCCGUCAUCUUCCCAUCUCCAUCAAUGAAGACUUUGACUCCUGGCUCAAAAUCCCAGUCCAUGUCAAAAAAGAGGCGGAUAUUCAUAUGAGAUUUGCCAGCUUUUGGUCGCCCAUCCUGCUGAAAGUUGAUGCCAUGAGCGUCCCCUUCCACUGGGCUACGCACAUCGGCCUACUCAACGCACAUGACCCUACCUUUGUGAGUCUGGAGACUCUACGCAAGAUCGACACCAUAGAGGCGGUUCUGAGAGCUCUGGAGGCUGCAGCUUAUUUGCCGGACCAAUUGGCUCGUCUCACCUCGAUCCAUAACAGCUUUUACGAGCAAUCGCCGGAGGCUCUCGAAGACGCGGUGGAGUGGCUGGAGCAGUCGGGAAAGCCCGACAUGCGCUCCCGUGUCCAGGCCUUGGCCCACCAGCACCUUCGCCACACCGCUCUGGGCUUCAUCUUCCACCAAUACGUGUUUUAUAUUCAUAUGAUGGGGGUGAGCGUGCGUGAGACGAUGAUGGAGUUGAACCCGAUGCCCCAUGAGGACGCUCAAGCGGCAAGUGAAUACCACAAGAAAGUCGGGAACGACCUCUUUCAGGAGGAGAAAUACCAAGGAGCGGCGUUUGAAUAUACCAUAGCCGUCAGAUUCAACCCUGGAAAUCACAUCGCCUUCAGCAAUCGGGCACUUUGUCACACCCGCCGUCAGAACUACCUUGACGCUGCUGUGGAUGCAAAGCGGGCCACUCUGAUAGAACCAUCCUACACCAAGGGCCACUAUCGCUACUGCGAGGCUUUGUUCCUGUUGGGUGAAGUCCAGUGGGCCGCCAGGGCCAACAAAGAGGCGCGGUUUCUGUGCGCCAAAGACCGGGCGGGAAUCAAAGACCUGGAGCAGCAAAAUCUGAAGUUUGUGAGCAAAAACCCAAAAGGCGGCGGCAAAGGCAAGAAAGCAAAACAAAGAGCAGCCGAAACCAUUAAGAAAACUCCAAAUUCAACUAAACCAGAGGACACCAACAAUCCGACCGUUGUCGAGACGCAGCGGCCGUCAAGAGAAAGCGACGGCAAUGGCAGGAGUAAUAAUCAUCGUAUUAAUGUUGGCAACGGGGUGUGCAAGGUGAACAAGCAGAAGCGAGCAGAAGCCGAGGACGGGACGGCCGGCGCCAAAGAGUCGCCCAAAACUUCAAAGAAGAAAUCCACGGCCAGUAAGGACAACUGGGACAUCUCCCUCGACCGAAGCCAAUCCCCCCGAUUUUUGAGUGACGCGUUGAAGACGGCCCACACUUCCCUGCUCAAACAGUGCUAUUACAACGCCGACACCUUCUUCAGACAGGCGGCAAGCCUGGCCGACUCCUUUACGUCGGACCAAAAGAAGGCACUUCUGCGCCGCCUUUUUUUUUUGGUUGUAAAUCACCAGAUCAUCGGGUUCUCUUCGCUGGAUAUGCAGCUGGUGCUUUACGGCCGCGUGUCCGCCCUGACGGAAAUUGGCAAGCCUCAGGAGUUUGCCGAAGCACGAAAACUCCUGGAGGAGAUCAAAUCAUACAAGGAGAGGGGUUUUGGCUGUCUGCUUUCCUACGCCCGCGGGAGGAUUUACCUGAAAGAGAAAAAGUUUGCGGCGGCGCUGGAACAGUUUGAAGAUGCCCUGCAGAUGGUGAGGAAUCGGAUCACGAUGGGGAAACUCACCUGGCCGCAGACCACAGAUAUUGUUCGAGAAACCGAUCCGGACCUUUUUCAAGAAAUUCUGGAGGAUUCCAUAUACACGUGCAAAUUCCCUCCUCCACCCGAUGGCACCUGUCGAUACGAGGACUGCCUCGCCCCAUCCAAAAAUAUCUACAUCACCGACCCGGACUUUAAAGGCUUUGUGGAGUUCAAGUGCAGCCAGAAGUGCCUGAUUGAAUACCACAGCGCCUGCUGGAAAGCCUUCAAGCCGCCGUCCUUUGACAAGUGCGAAAAGCCGUGUCCGACUCCCGACUGCUCGGGUAUCAUCGAUUCCAUUAAAGUUAUUGACGCAACGGGCCUGAUAAAACGCGUGCAGGCCGCCAACGCGAGGGCGGAGAGCCCGAAGAAAGUCAAAGGAGAAGCGAAGGAGAAGCCUCCUUCGUGGGUGAAGAAAUUGAAGGAGAAGAACCACGGGAAAAAAGAGGAGAAUACCAAGACUGAGCAGACCGCGCAAAACGAGGCCAGCGUCAGUGAUCGGUUUCCGCUGCCCAAAACCGUCACCGCGGCGCAGACGCAACAGAAGGCCUGGUUGCUGUACCAAGAUCGAGUCCUGGUGCAGGUCAGUCAGAUGAUGCAGCUGCUGCGGCAGGAAAAGGCUCUGGCCGCGUCGGACGUGAGCCGCUGCCUGAAGCCCUGGCUGGAGCUGGACUCGGCGCGGGGCAACCGGCUGGCCGCCAAGAUGCUGGACUGGAAGCGGGAGCGCCUGCAGACGCUGGAUCAGGCCGUGGAGCUGCUGCUCCAGAGGAGGAAUCGCGUUUGGGCGCGCGCCUUGGUCCAGAUGCUUUCAAACACUUUGAAUAUUAACGCCGACCUCGGCCGCUGGGCGGGGCGGCUGGACGAUGCAGAUCUAAAGGCGGCCAAGUCGUUCGUCGAACGCAAUGCAGACCGCCUGGAUGAACUGGACCUAAGCCCGCUGUUGACCUUUGCCCCUUUGAAAGAGAUUAUUUCUGACCACGACCCCCCUGGCGCCAACUUGACUUCGAGCGACUUGACUCAAUAUGUCAAACGGGCUCCGCCGCACCAAAUGAGACUUUUUAUCUGGACUCUCGAGGAGCAUAAAGAUGUUUACAUCUCGUUAAAUAAUGUACUUGAUGAAUAUUUUGUUAAUAUGAUUGACGGACACUGUUCUGUUCUAAAGAAAUCCGGUAAUCAAAAUAGUUUUCCUGCGGGCGGUAAGAGCCGAGGACGAAGAAAAAAAAAAGAGCCGCAGGUUCUUCCAUUUUUUUGCGGGUGGGAAAAUGACGCGGCGGAUGAGCGGGACCAAGAAAAUCCGAUAUAUUUCCCCGACCCCAACGAGCCCUUUAGCAUUCCCCAACACCUUCGAGAGCCGAUCGCCCAGUUUGAGGAACAGUAUUACGGCACGGGACGCGCCAGGGAGUCUCGACGGAUUCUGGACAACAAUCCGGAUCUCAGCGUGGAAAAUUUGUAUGACUAUUUUGCGCAGGUUCUGGAAGAACACGGCCCCCUGCCGGCCGACGACCCGCUGCUGCGAGGCGAAAUCCAAAACUUCCCGCCCGUGGCUCGGGCCAAGAUCCAACAGGCGGGCGGCUUGGAGCGCUUCCUGCUGCAAUGCCUUCGCUUCAGCAACAUCGGCGGCCGCGUGGCUCUGGCCAAGUGGACCCGCUCGGACCGCCCGCAGCCUCCGCGCGUAUUUUCAUCCGGCUCAAAUCUUCGUAACGCCAAUCCUUACGUAACUUUCCAUAUGGACGAACUCCUCCCACCGACCGGCAAAGACCCCGUCAAUCACCCGGGCCGCGGCAAGCUUUCACUCAACCCCUUUCCAUCCCUUGAUCUUUCUGCUGGCCAGGUGGACGAGGCCUCCGAAACGUAUUCCGAUACAAGCGAUUUAAGUUUAACAGCGGCCGACGCCAUUUUGAAGAAACACGCAGAAGUGCAGACAUAUCGAGCAGUCAAGGACUGCGUCGCGGUGAACACGGAACCUUUGCAGCCUUACGAGAGCCUCCAGGGUGAUAUCAACAAAAAGGUCAAGCGGAUUCAAGAAAUGGGGGAGCAGAUAAGCAAAAUGGCCCAAGACCGCGAGUUGGUGGAUCAGAAGCACCGGAUGACUUUGGCGUCCUUGGAGAAAGACAUCCAGGAGAUCAGUACAAACAUAAAAAUUACGGACAAAGAGAUGAGCCUGUUCCAGCAGAAGCUUGAAGAGGAGGUGAAGAGGGACCAGAAGGAGAAGAAAGCCAACCAGGAGGUGCUGAAGGCCCUCAAGAUUGAGACGGAAAAGCUGGUGGAGGAAAGGGCCAGGUUCGUAUGCAAAUCCACGCAAACCUCCCAUCUCGACCAAUUUGGACUUCCACGAUCUAAACGGCGUUCCUCUUUGAUCAUGUGCAGCUAUGACGAGAAGUUGAGCAGGUUCUUGGACCUGAGCAAUCAGUCAGCAGCCGAGAAGAUGAGUCUGGAGGAUGAGAUCAAGCGCUGCAGAAACUCCAUCGCCGCCGCGCACAGAAGGUGCCGCAGCGCCCAAUUGUCCAUGUUGGAGAGCAGUCGCGAUCGGCGCCUGUACGGCCUGCGCGCUCGGUUGGCUGACGCCAAGACUCUGCAGCUCAAGCUGGACAAAUACGCGCAACAAUAUCCCUCCCUGGAAGCCAGCAGACAAAACAUGGGAGGCAAAGUCCAAGAGCUGGAGCAGAAAAUUGCUGCUUUGGAGAUACAGUACAAGGAGCAGGUGGAGCAAGUCAAACGUGGCCGAGAGGUCAAAGAGCUGCUUGGGAGUCACCAGGCCGAUCUUCAAGUUUCUCUGCUGUCUUCCGAUGUGGCCACGUUGAGCGUCGUUCUCCCGCCUCCGCCGCAGUCGAGCGCAGCUGCCGCGCAGGCCGCGGCCGCGGCGACUUCGAACGUAGCCGGACCCGCGCAGGCCGCUGGAAACACCGUGCUCGACAAGGCCGUGGAGAGCCUCGGCACCAUCUUCCCCGAAUACAGCAGGUCGGACUUGAUGACGUUUUUUAAGGAUCUGCGGUCAUCCAAUGGUGGCAGUCUGAGCAAGAUGAGCUUGCAGGACGUGCUGAGUGCAGCGAGCCAGCUGAUCCUGGACCAGAAGGAGGCGAUCGCGUCCGGGGCUGCGGCUGCGGCCGCGCCACCUCCGGGAGAGCCCUCUUCCAUCUGGCAAAAGUCACGGCACCAAACGCCGUUCGGCACCGAUGCGCUGAACUUGGAGGACCCUUGCGCCAUCUGUCAUGAAGAAAUGAGUCCACCCCACUGCUUGGUUUUGGAGUGCAGACACGCCUUCCAUGAGAAAUGCAUCGCAUCGUGGCUGAAGGAUAGUAACACGUGUCCCAACUGCCGGAAGCAAACCCUGUUCAAAGACUUCCCCGUGCUACCCGGUAGGAGGCGCCAGGCCCCGUGAUGUCCUCUCUCAUUUUAAUUUGCCCUUUUUAUGUAGACGUUCUUAGCUAUGACUGAUAAAAGUCAAGUUGAUGUUUUCCUGGCAGUCAUGACACUUCAAAGCUGAACUAAUUGAGGGGGAGGCCAACUGUUUUUUUCCCCCCCCAUGGCCUUAAAAACACCCAUCACAAAAUCACUGGAAAUCAAUAAACAAACGCUUGAAAGUGUUUGAAAAGUUUAUCCCAA